AUGGGAUCGACAGACGGUGAGGCGGAGAUGGAGAACGCUGUGACCAUGGCCCGGUGCCCAUCGCUUGCAUUGCCGUGGCCAAGGUUCAAGGUCAAGGUUCCAUCCAUGCUGUCCGACAUGCGCUUUGUCGGCUCUCGGCACUAUGCUGUGCCCAAGGGAGCCGCAAAAGCCCCUUCUCGACGCUCCCAGCAUUUGGGAUAUGAGCCUUGUUUCCGUACAACAAGGCAGAAGAGCUGGGAAGGGAUCACCAUCGACAUCUACAUGCGCCGUAAGCCGCAGAAGAACAGAAGCUGGUCGGCGCUUCGCCGGCGACCGUGUCUCAGGCCAGCGCAUCGCUCGCUCACUCACUCAUCGCGCGUCCGUCCGAUCUUUUUCGCGCGCGAGAGAAACGAACGCAAGGCCUUGAAGAUACUCGCAGGGAAACAAUGGAGCCUCCCCGCACACCUCCUGUGCCCUGAAAUCUCCUUGGACGCCUCGCAAUUCCCGCUUCUGGCCUGGCACGUUUCGACGGCGCCUGUCCCGGGCCCUGGCACUAAGCCCCAAUCCAGGCUGGAGCCGCUGCGGAUUGGAUCACGGCGCCUCGUAUCGUUGUCCAGCCCUGGCCUGAAGCAGCUGUGGGAGAGUACCGGGAGUGUACUUUGCAUUGGACGGGAUUGGAUUGGAUUGGACUGGAUUGGGCGCUCGCAAAGCCCGGCGUGGCGCCGCUCCAGCAAGUGUCUCCACGGAGGAGGCCACAUCCCCUUCGCCUUCCCUCCCUUGACUGACUGGAAGACGAAGAAAAGAAGUAUCCAGGGAUGGACGCCGGCCAUGUUCAACUCGACCGGGGGAGGGCAAGGCAAGCCAAUGGCGUGGACCACGAGCACGAAGCCCGUCGAUUCUCUUCUCUCGCCCCCCCAUGCCAUCACCAUCAGCCUGCCUGCUACCGAGUUCCCGGCGCCUUGCACCACGAGCCCUCGUACCGGCCAUGUAUCUCUGGAGGAUUCGACCCUGUGUGCUCGUGGCACGACACACAUCCCCGUCGUUGGUGUUCCCGUCGCUUCUGGUGCUGCUGUGCCGCUGAGACAAAAUAUUAAUGACCUGGUCAAGUCGGGGCCGCAAUGCCGCAAUGGGGACGUGGGAGGGAAAAUUGACGAGUUGAUUCCGAGGGGCUCACAUUGUGCGUGUUAUAAUAGGGAUCUCUACGUUCAGGCCAUGUAUAACAUGUCCAAGCUGGAUUCCCACGACCCUUACAGCUUCUUCCAGAUCGCCGGCAUCCACGGCGCACCGUACAUUGAGUACAACAAGGCCGGAGCCAAAACCGGAGACGGCUGGGUUGGAUACUGCCCUCACGGUGAGGACAUCUUCGUCAGCUGGCACCGCCCCUAUGUUUUGCUCUUCGAGCAAGCUCUCGUCUCCAUCGCCAAGGGCAUCGCCAAUGGAUAUCCCGCCUCAGUUCGCGCCACGUACCAGGCGGCUGCGGCCAGCCUGCGAGCCCCUUACUGGGACUGGGCUGCCGACAGCACCGUCCCUGCGUGCACCGUCCCCAACACGCUCAAGAUCAACGUUCCCAACGGCAGCGGCGUCAAGUCUGUUGAUUACACCAACCCUCUUCGAACUUACUACUACCCUCGCAUGGCCAUGACCGGUUCCUACGGCUCCGACUUCACCGGCGGAGGCCAAGACCACACCAUUCGCUGCCCUUCGCCUCAGCAGAACUACCCCAACACCGCCAACUCCAACCUGGCUGCUCGCCCUUACAAGUCCUGGAUUUACGAUGUUCUGACCAACUCUCAAAACUUUGCCGAUUUCGCUUCCACCAGCGGACCUGGUAUCAAUGUUGAGCAGAUCCACAACGCCAUCCACUGGGACGGUGCUUGCGGCAACCAGUUCCUCGCUCCCGACUACUCUGGAUUCGACCCUCUGUUCUUCAUGCACCACUCCAACGUCGACCGCAUGUGGGCUUUCUGGGAGGCCAUCAUGCCCAACUCGCCCAUCUUCACUGCCUCGUACAAGGGCCAGUCCCGAUUCAACAGCAAGACCGGAGCCACCAUCACCCCCAACUCGCCUCUGCAGCCCUUCUACCAGGCCAACGGCCAGUUCCACACCUCCAACACCGUCAAGAGCAUCCAGGGCAUGGGUUACUCCUACAAGGGCAUCGAGUACUGGUCCAAGACCCAGGCCCAGAUCAAGUCGGGCGUCACCACCAUCAUCAACCAGCUGUACGGACCCAACUCCUCCGGCAAGCGUGAGGUCCGCGCCUCCGACCUCAUCAAGACCCGUUACUUUGCCAAGAUUUCCGUCAACGUCACCGAGAUUGAGACUCGUCCUUGCGAAAUCAACGUCUACGUCGCUGGCCAGAAGGCCGGCAGCUUGAUCGUCAUGAAGCUCCCUGCCGAGGGCUUGGUCAACGGUGGCUUCACCGUCGACAACCCCAUCGAGGGUCUCCUGCACGGUGGCGGCCGCAACGCCGUCCAGGCCUUUUCCAGCGACAUCGAAGUUGAGAUUCUCACUCGCGACGGACAGAGCAUUCCUCUCGAGAGCGUUCCCAGCCUUGCCAUCGAUCUCGAGACGGCCAACGUCACCCUGCCCAGCGCCCUCGACCAGCUCCCCAAGUACGGCCAGCGCUCAAGGCACCGUGCGAAGGCUGCCCAGCGCGGACGCCGUUUCCCUGUUCCCCAGGGCCUCCCUGGCCAGUAA